CUUUUGUAGAUGUCUCUCCUGAAGAAACUUUUCAGAAGAGCCACUUUGAAAGUUUUAAAGAAUCGACUGCGACAGCUAUGUCGAAGGAUUCUCAGUUUGCUGAUCAGGUUUCACAAAAUGGAGCUGCUUCCACGCCGGGUAUAGGUACUUCUGAAGGUUCCUCAUCUAAUA